AUGAGAAAUGACAACCAGAGCUCCUUGGGGAAUUCCCUGACAGAUUUCAUCCUUGUGGGUAUUUCUGACCGACCAUGGCUUGAGCUCCCUCUCUUUGUGGUCCUCCUGGUCUCCUAUGUGCUGGCAAUGUUGGGAAACAUUUCCAUCAUCCUGGUGUCCCGCCUGGAUCCCCAACUCCAGAGCCCUAUGUACAUCUUCCUCAGCCACCUGUCCUUCCUGGAUCUCUGCUAUACCACAACCACGGUCCCCCAAAUACUGUUCAACAUUGGCAGCUCCAAGAAGACCAUCAGCUAUGGAGGCUGCACAGUGCAAUAUGCAAUUUUCCACUGGUUGGGAGGCACUGAAUGCAUUAUCUUGGCCAUCAUGGCCCUGGAUCGCUACGUGGCCAUCUGCGAGCCCCUCCGGUAUGCCCUGAUCAUGCACCGCUCUCUCUGCCAGCAGCUGGUGGCUGUGGCCUGGCUCAGUGGCUUUGGCAACUCUCUCGUGCAAGUGGUUCUGACUGUACAAUUGCCUUUCUGUGGGCGGCAGGUGCUAAACAACUUCUUUUGUGAGGUGCCAGCCAUGAUCAAAUUGUCCUGUGCUGACACGACCGUGAAUGAUACAACAUUAGCGGUGGUGGUGGCCUUCUUUGUGCUUGUCCCCCUAGCUCUCAUCCUUCUCUCCUAUGGCUUCAUUGCCCGAGCUGUGCUCAGGAUCCAGUCCUCCAAGGGAAGGCACAAGGCCUUUGGGACUUGUUCUUCCCACCUGGUGGUGGUCUCUCUCUUCUACCUACCUGCCAUCUACAUGUACGUGCAGCCCCCCUCCAGACACUCCCAGGAGCAGGGCAAGUUUAUCUCUCUCUUCUAUUCCAUAGUCACCCCCACCCUGAAUCCCUUCAUCUAUACGCUGAGGAAUAAGGAUGUGAAGGGAGCUCUCAGAAGACUCCUUGUAAGGAUCAGGAGGCUGUGCAGAUCGUGA